AUGCACAAUAAUAACCGAGACAUGCAUGGGAUACCAAUGACAAUCAAGUCACUCUGCGAAGGCGUACUUUUUCUUGAAAAAGGCUACGUUCUUACGAUGCCAGUCGAAACUCAUAAUAAUACUGAAACCAAAUCUCUAACAACAGAUCCAGUGUUGGAUGGUAUAUUAAAUGGUCAUACUACGAACGGAAAUGGUGUAGCCAGCACUCGUACGAACACCAACGGAAAUUCGAACGUUGAUGACAACGAUGGUGAUGCACCACAAGUACCAUUUAAAAUGCCUCGAGCACCACCCCAUGUUUACUCAUGUUUUGUUGUUAAUCGUACAGAUCAUCCUAUUGAAUGUGAUGUACAUUACGAUGGGCGUCCAGAAGAAGAUACAUUUAAUGAAGAUGUUCAUGUCACCAUACCAGCUAGAGAAGAAAAAUAUUUUCCACGCAAAAUUUUUCAACCUGAUCUUCCGGAAUCAUAUUGUCGAUGGGUUAAAAUAAUAACACACAUUCGUGCUAAGAAACAUGAUGGCAAAAUCGUUGAACUUGAUUAUCCAUUUGACAAUGUUCAUUCACCGAUUCGUAAUUGGGAAUUUCAUGUACGUGAACAAGGUGAUAUUCUAUCUAAACCGCCAACACGACCAGCCAAUAUUCUUAAAUAUGAAAAUUUGGAUGAAUAUGAACGAUAA